GCAUAGUAGGUACGAAUACGUAAGGUACCUUACACAGUAGGUAGGCAGGCAAACAUUGGGCCCAGGUGUGCAUCUCGUAAAAAUCGGACCGUCAGGCAUUCUAUCGUUAGCUCAUCAACAAACAAUGGCUGGUUCCGCACCUGCACCGCAGCCUCACAACUCACUGGGAAACAUGAUCCUAUAGGCGCGAUACGCGACAUUACGUCCCACGAUAUCAAUUAUGGCAGGCUCAUCUCCUCUCCGACGGCAGAGCAACCAUUGGGCGAGUCCGCAGCGCCCGCGCUCCAUCAUUGACGAAAUCAUCGCCGAUGACAGGAACUCCGAGGAGCGACACAGACAGCUUCUUGAAGCUGCUAAAAGGGAACAUGCCCGUAUCAGAGAGGAUGCUGAACGGGUAUACUGGGAGCAGCUCCAACGGGAGGAACGGCAGCGACUCCUCGAGGAGAAAAGGAAAGAGGAAGAGAGAAUCAGACUCGAGCAACAACUCGCUGCGGAACGCACGAGAUUGAAUGCGCUCAAGGCGCAGAAGAUUCCGAUUCCGUCCCCUUUACCGAGCCCCGCCCCUGCUGCGCCACCUACAAUAAAUGGGAGGGCACCUGCUGCCGCACCAGUCGAGAACAAUGCGCCCGCGCAGACGAACGGGACGCCAUCGCCAUCGCCACGACCUCCAGAGCCUCCUGCCGGCGUCACGUCGAGACUUCCGGUCGCAGGGCCACCAGCUCAGGCACCAACGUCUGUUCCCAACAAAUCGUCGCAGCCUGCGAGGCCGGCAAGCUCGGUUCUAGGGGUCGGCAGUCUUCUCAAUCACACACCGCAGCCGAAUGGCGUUGCUUCCACGUCCGCGGCAGCUCGGUCGCCCGCUCCGCCGCCGGCCCCGCCGCCUGCACAACCGCCUCCGGACAGGUAUACCGAGAUCCACAAGAAUCUCAAGGCGCUGCGGAAGUCCGUGGCCGAACAAGCCAAAACAAAUGCGGCUCUCAAAGCAAGAAUGGGUGACAUGCGGCGGGAAAUCCGGAAAUCCAUCGGUCAACUCACCGUGUCCUCGGGAGUCGCGGGCGUAAACAAGACACAGCAACAACGGAUAUUGGCGCUGCUGCGCGAGGCGCUAUCGAACCAAGUUCAGUCGCAGCUGGUAGAUCCCAGCAACUUCGUCUUGCAGCCGAGGAAUCCGGUUGCAGGGGCUAGGCACAACGAGCCGAUACUUCCAUCAAUCUUUCUCUAUUUAAUCAACAUUUUUGCGAAAGCCGCCAUUUCCCAGUUCAUCAACGAGGCCAGCGCACGGCCAGAAACGGCGGAUCCUGUUGGUGUCUGCGUUGCCGCCGUCCUUUCCGACCCAGAUUUUCUCUGGCGGGGCGCAUCGAUGAUCGAUAUCCUGCUCGCUAAGUUCAGGAUAGUUUGUCCGGUCCUCUUUGGCUACAGAGGGAGUGAGAGAACGGAGCAGGGGAGGCAGAGGUUAGGCUGGUGGAAAGACAACGGGCAAUGGGUGACGGAGCAGCAGCACAUGGACCGCAUGACAGGUCUCGGGGCCGGCUUCGCAUCAAUUUCUCUACGAAAGUUUAUGGCGUCCAAAAAGGAGAACCCUUAUCCUGCCCGGAAUUAUUGGACGGCCAUGGCGCGAAUUGUCAACACGCCGUCUGCUGAAAUCUCCAACACCCAAUGUGUUGUCCUGAAGGCGAUGGUAGAGAACUACGAGCAGAAGUUCAUCGAGUUCUACGGGUCGGCCGCUAUCGCGGCUCUGGAAAUCGCUUUGGUCGAAUUUCCCGCCAGGGCUCCACAGAAGUCGGCGGCGGUGAAUUCUCUGGAGGUGCUGGCCCAGGUGUUGAAGCGGGAGAUGGGUCUUACUCUUGGAUAAGGUGGUCUGAUCAGGGUACGGGAAUGGCACGUGAGAGGGCUCCCUCACCAUGGGCUCGGGAUAGAGAAGGAAUGCCAUGUCAAUUUACUAAUGGGGCAAAAACAAGGAGGAGUGGUCGUCUUUAUUAGAGAAGGUGUAAGGACUUUUGGCAAACGGAAGCGGAGAGUA